GGUGCCCCAAGUGCCCUGGUGCGGGCCCGGCGCGGUGCAGCAGCAGCAGCAGCUCCUGAGGGAGGCGGGCGCCUGAGCUGGGGGCUGCGGCGCCGCGCCCUGCCUGAGCCCGGGGCCGGGGACUCCUCCGAACUGCCCCAGCCCUUGCCAGCCGAACCAGUUGCCUUCCUGGAAAAUUGCAUAAAAGGACUUGCUCUUUCUUGUACUGGUCCUCGUUGCUGUUGGGAGUGUGGUUAGCUUCACCUUGCACUUUGGUGGAUCCCUUCCAUGGAAAGCCUUCAGAAUCUUAGCAAGUACCAAGCAUCUGCUGGCUUUCAAAAGACUUGGUAUGAGGUCAGUUUGACUUCAGCAAAAACAUACCCAUCUGACCGAAAGAAGAUCUACAACCUCUCUGACUUCACUUGCAAGGAGAGGACAGAGAGCUAAGUACCCAGGCCGAGUACCACAGGAGGUUUGGCAAGAUCUUCCGCAUGAAGCUGGGUGCUUUCGACUCGGUGCACAUCGCAGCCCCGUGCCUCCUGGAAGCUCUGUACCGCCGGGAGAGCGCCUGCCCUCAGCGCCUGGAGAUCAAGCCCUGGAAAGCCUAUCGGGACUAUCGCGACGAGGGCUACGGGCUGCUGAUCCUGGAAGGAAAGGACUGGCAGAGGGUUAGAAGUGCCUUUCAAAAGAAAUUAAUGAAACCCAAGGAAGUUGCAAAACUGGACACCACGAUCAAUGAGGUCCUGGAGGACUUCAUGCACAGAAUAGAUGAUAUUUGUAACCACAAUGGACAAAUGGAAGAUGUCUAUUCAGAAUUCAACAAAUGGUCAUUUGAAAGUAUCUGCCUGGUGCUGUAUGGAAAGAGGUUUGGUCUCCUACAGCAGGAUGUAGAAGAAGAAAGUUUGAACUUCAUCAAGGCUGUAAAAACGAUGAUGGCUACUUUUGGAAUGAUGAUGGUGACCCCCGUGGAACUUCACAAGGGUCUGAACACAAAAGUCUGGCAAGCUCAUACUAAAGCAUGGGAUGAUAUAUUUAAAACAGCCAAGCACUCGAUCGACUGUCGACUGGAAAAGCACUCUGCAAACCCUCAGGAGGAUUUCCUGUGUGACAUCUAUUCUGGGGGACAACUUUCCAAGAAGGAGCUGUAUGCUGCCAUCGCAGAGCUCCAGAUUGCUGGAGUUGAAACGACAGCCAAUAGUUUACUGUGGGCUUUGUAUAACAUCUCACGCAAUCCACACGUUCAGCAGAAGCUUUUCCAGGAAAUACAGAAUGUUUUGGCUGCUAAUGAGAGUCCAAGUGCUGAGAACUUGAAGAAUAUGCCUUACCUAAGAGCAUGUCUGAAAGAAUCCAUGAGAUUAACACCGUCAGUGCCAUUUACCACUCGCACCAUUGACACAGAAAUGGUUCUGGAUGAUUAUGUACUACCCAAGGGGACUGUAUUAAUGAUAAAUAGCCAUGCCCUGGGUUGCAAUGAAGAGUACUUUCAUGGCUGGACUCAAUUUAAACCAGAGCGCUGGUUUCAGAAGAACUUAAUAAAUCCUUUUUCUCAUGUUCCAUUUGGGAUUGGGAAGAGGAUGUGCAUCGGGCGCCGCUUAGCAGAGCUGCAGCUUCACUUGGCCCUUUGCUGGCUCAUUCGCAAGUACCAGAUUGUAGCGACUGACAACAAGCCAGUGGAAACGCUCCAUUCAGGAACACUGAUUCCCAGCCGGGAGCUUCCCAUUGCGUUUCACAGACGAUAAGCUUGAAAAAAAAUGAAUGGCAACCCUACUGCUGCUUUUUCUUAAAAAAUAUGUUGACUGGGAAAGCCAAAGCCUAUGGCAACCAGUGGAGAAACUGCAACACACGUCCCCUGAACAAUUGCUGAGCCAGAAAAAGGACCAAGAAAAGCUCCCAAACUGUUUUAUUGGAAAAAUGUUUUUACUUAGUUCAGCUGUUCUUAGCACUGUUAAGAGGAAAGAAAAGUACUGUGCAUGUUCAUAUAGCUCUGGAAAUACAAUAAUUUAGUGCAGCUGAGGGACUGUACAGGAUAGAGCUUGAUAAUGAGCUGUGGAGUGUUAUGUAUAGUUCUUCUUGCUGCUGAAAUUGUUAUAGCCUCAAGCUGUUCAGCAGGCUGGCUUGGAAAGAGCCUGUUUCCAGUUCGUGAGUAUCAUAUAGGACACCUGGGGGAACAGCAGUCACGACUGAACUGGCCCUGUGAGCUCAGAGGUGAAGAGUUUUAAGAAGUCAGUUUAAGGAAAAACAAAGUCACUUAGUCCUUACCAGAGCACCAAUGCCAUGAAUUAUACUGAGAGGUAAGACAGCAGUCUGUAGGAAGGCUGGCAACAGGGCCUGAAGAUCAGGGUAAUGAAAGAAGUGUACUUUCCCUGAAGUUAACAAACUUCCUUAAUAAAAGGGAAAUGAUGACAAAGGUACCUAGCAGGAUUUAUUCCUGAUGCCUGCCCAGUACUUUUGUUUGGAACAGUUGCAAUACUGUGCCUGCCACAUACUCUGCUCGUGCCCAUAGAAUUUCAUGCCUCCGACUCCCACACAAGCCAUUUUAUCACAUCUUUCUGGUAAAACCUUAGUGGCCUUUUAUUGCAUGAGAGGCCUUAUCCAUAAAUAGAAUCACUGGAAUCCUAUGGGUUCUGCCAAUAUUAAAUUACGAUUAUCCUAACAGGAUAGUUACUUCCUCAGCUGAAUAACAUAAAAUGUAUGUUUCAAAGGACCAUGGGAAAUAAGGAUCCUAAACAUUUUGAAGAGGUGGAGGUUUCAAUACCUGUAUCUAAAGGUUAAAGUUGUCACUGCUCUGCAAGUAAUGCUGCAUGUCAGCUCUUAUGGUCACUAGUGUAUUUUUCCCAUUAUGCAGUUUUAAGUACAGGUUUUUUUAUAUAACCAUGAAUAGUUAUUUAAUUUUUUUCACUUUCUGAAGUGUACAAGAGCUUUAGCAUUUGUUGGUCUGUCUCCUGUGGUUUUUUGUUUGGUUUUUUUCUGCUGUUAUACUCAGAGAUGUACAAUGUAGCCAUAUGACAGUACGUAAAGCAAUUUAUGCAUUAGCUGAACCUUUCUAGUGAAUUUGGUAAUAGUCAAUUUUGUAAUAAAAUAAAGGUUUCUAUUUUUUUUU